UAAGCGGUUGAAGGUUUUUCCUCUUGAGUACUGGACGCACACUAAAUCAUAAAGCGUGUCGAACAGUUCUGGCUAAGUUACAUAUUAACUGAGCAGGGACUUUGAACAGAGUUCAUCAUUUUGCACAAGGCUUGUACUGUGCAUGUCCCGUUAAAAAUACGUCCAUCGUUCUGAGCACCAGAUCAGAGGUUUACGGUGUUGUGAAAGGCAGGUGCUUGAUCCCCUGUCUGUCUCUCUCUUUCUCUUUGUCUCUUUCAUCUCCUAAGAGCUCUCCAUGGCAUUCCUCAGCCGUCACCUGUCUCUCACCCUGCAGCAGAACCUGCGCCUCGUGGCUCCAGGCUGCAGGUAUGUCAGUCAGACAGCCACGAAGCCCAUAUCCGAGUUCGAAUACGACGCUCCUGCCAUGAAGACUCCCGUUCCAGGGCCGAGGUCUAAGGAGCUGACAAGACAGCUGGGAGAAAUUCAGAACGUGGGUGCAGUUAAUUUCUUCUGUAACUACGAGGAGAGCCGAGGAAACUACCUGGUGGACGCCGACGGCAACCGCAUGCUGGAUCUGUACACGCAGAUCUCGUCUGUCCCUCUCGGUUAUAAUCAUCCAGCUUUAAUGAAAGCACUCGCCAAUCCCAUCAAUCUGAGCGCCUUCGUCAACCGUCCGGCCCUCGGAAUUCUGCCGCCUGAGAAUUUUCCAGAAAAGCUGACUGAGAGUCUGCUCUCGAUCGCUCCUAGUGGUAUGACCCGGGUACAGACCAUGGCAUGCGGUUCCUGCUCCAACGAGAACGCCUUCAAGGCCAUUUUCAUCUGGUACAAAAACAAAGAGAGAGGCGCGAAUACUCCUUCAGCAGAGGAGACGAGCUCCUGCAUGAUUAACCAGAGUCCUGGAUGUCCAGAUCUAAGCAUCCUGUCCUUUAUGGGAGCGUUUCAUGGUAGAACUAUGGGAUGCUUGGCCACGACGCACUCCAAAGUCAUCCACAAGCUGGACAUCCCGUCGUUCGACUGGCCCAUCGCGCCCUUCCCCAAGCUCAAGUACCCGCUGGAGGAGUUCGUCCAGGAGAACGUGCAAGAGGAGGCUCGCUGUCUAGAGGAGGUUGAGGAUCUGAUCGUGAAGUGGAGGCAGAAGGGCAAACCCGUGGCAGGUAUCGUCAUCGAGCCCAUCCAGGCCGAGGGAGGGGACAACCACGCCUCACCCGACUUCUUCAUCAAACUCCGCAACAUCGCUCGCAAGCACGGAUGUGCAUUCCACGUGGACGAGGUUCAAACAGGGGGCGGAGCCACUGGAAAGUUCUGGGCCCAUGAGCACUGGGGCACGAACGACCCCGCCGACGUCGUCUCUUUCAGCAAAAAGAUGCUCACCGGAGGUUACUACCACAGAGACGAGCUGCAGCCCGACAAGGGUUACAGAAUCUUUAACACGUGGAUGGGAGACCCAUCAAAGAACCUGUUCCUCUCAGAGGUGCUGAAGGUCAUCCGGAGAGAGAAUCUUCUGGAGGAAGUGACUCGCUCGGGAAAGGCUUUGCUGCAGGGACUCUAUGAGCUGCAGUCUCAGUAUCCUCACCUGCUGAGCCGAGCCCGUGGUCAGGGCACCUUUUGUGCCAUUGAUGCCCGAGAUGACGUCACCAGAGACAGCCUUCUCCUCAAAAUAAGGGACAAGGGGGUUCUCCUGGGUGGCUGCGGCGAAAAGUCCAUCCGCUUCCGUCCCGCUCUGAUCUUCAAAGAGUACCACGCUCACCAGUUCCUCAACAUCUUCAACGACGUGCUCGCCCAGAACAAAUAAAGAGCUGCGGUGCUCCGGGAAGCCAAGGAGAACAAGCACAAGGGUCCAGACCUCCUGAAACGGGCGGGUCCUCCCCCACACGGCCUCUCACCACUGUUCUUUUUUUAUUGUUUUUUAAAAUCUUUCACUUCAUGUUUUUUUUUUUUUUAUGAUUUCAGUCACAAUAUUUCUCACUGUAAAGAGCAGAACAGGAUCAAGUGUUUAAUCACAGGAGAUCAGAAUCAGCACAAUAUAGUUUUAUUUACAAAAAAUACGUCGUCGAGGAGCGGCGCUACAGUAGGUGUCGGUGUGAUAGUCAUUAGCGUUAAAGGAGUAAAAGAGACGUUGAAAAUUUUUUUUUACAAACUGCAGCAGUGACAGAUUUACUCAGCAUCAAGAAUCAAGCACAUAAAUAUUCUGUAAAUCCUGUAAAAGCGUGCGCCGUCCUGCCUCAGAGCUGAGACUGGCUCUGUACGCUCACUCUGAGAGUCACUGUGAUCACUAGGUGUGUACCAUCUCAGCGUUCUGGUCUUCUUGCCAGGUACUGAUUGAGUUUAUUACAGGUCAGGCUUUCCCACAAUGAUCUCCUUCAGCACAGGAAGACCUUAAUCACUCGUACGCACACGAGAGGAAAUGAACUCCAGCAUGAAAAUAUUUCUCAGAUAUUUUUAAAGCACAUGUGGAAAAGGGUUCUCUCUCUCUCUCUCUCUCUCGCUCUCUUCAUCAGGUCGUUGUAGGAAUUUCAGAACCAAAGCACAGGUGUGUGUUUUCAGGACAACCAAAUACUUCUGACCUGAUUUUUAUUUUCCUUCCCAUCCGGGUCAGUACCGUCCUUAACACUCAGUAUCAUAUCAAUGUUAUACAUCCACAACAUUGUAUUGUAGUCAGCGAGAUGAUAAACCUUUCCAAAGUCCGUGUAGCUUCUGUAAGCUGUGUACAAUCGGUGAGGAGAUAAAGCGUGAAAAGGCGACGUUCAGAAUGAACUCACUGCGAUGUUUUGUAUUUCAAUCCAAAUGUUUACUUGAGACGAGUCUUAAACCGGCUGCACGAAGCACAAUUUCACACGAGAAGCCUUUUUACAAGAGAGUCGAGCAUUUCUCAUUUGACUAAAUCUGUCUAAAACAGUAUCCGGCACUCUGACCUGUCCCGUUACUCGUCACUGUUUAUCAUCUCUGGCAUUUCUCCCAACAGCUUUAGCUCAGCUUAAAGAUCCAUAGUAGCCGCGCUAAAAUAAUAGAGUUUCUCGUAACACUAGUGUGCACAUCAUGCUGACCCUUAAACACAAAAGUAUUUUAACGUCUCGUGGAGUUAAUCCACAGACUUGAAUCUGUCUCACAUUUUGCUUCGAUUCUCACUAAAUCCAAACUGCUCAGUGUCUUAACGUCGUGUUGUAGAGACCUGCUUUUAUAAUUUUUUUAAGAGAAUAAAGAAAGAGCGAUACAGAUCUAGACAACAAAGCACCAUUCAUACAUAAUUCUCUCCCGCCCUUUCAUUAAAAAAAAAAAUUUAUAUACAUAUUUACAUUUAUUCAUUAAUCCUUUUGCAUCAGUUUCAACUCUAACGAUUAUUUUUUAGAUAAAGUAAAUGUUAAUGCUAAUGAUGUACAGUGUCCUGUUUGUUCAUGCAAACGUAUAUAGAAGUAGUAUAUAAAAGUAUUUUUGUUCAUAUGGUGGACAGACGGAGUGUACAGAAGUAGGAAACACCUGAAGCUGCUCGGUUAGAGAUAAAGAUAAUCCCAGUAUAUGUGAUGACUCGGUGCGCGUCUGUUUUCUUCGGCCAAGUCAGUAUUGUAUAGUAGAGUUGUGAAUUAUCUGUUAACCACUAACAACAAUUAAAAAUAAUAUUAUUGCCAUGUUUGUUUACACUACAGUGUGAAAUAGGUUAUAAAAUGGAAUUAUUCCCUGUUGAAACAUUGUCGAAGCAAUAUAAAUGUCCUCAGAAAUAAACCGGAAAUUUUUGGA